AUGCCAGCGCCAAAAAAGAACACAGCCAACGAGCCCAUGGUGACGGCCAGCACGCCCAUGCCGCCAGGGUACCGCUUCGUCUCCAAGGGCAACGUCUACAUCACCAAGAACUGCCGCAAGAACACGCAGGCGGCCAACAAGACCGUCUACGUUGUGGUCGAGUCUCUAAAGACCAAGCGCGUGAAGACCUUGGGCAUUAGGGUCCCCGCCGAUAUCUACAGCGAGGUGGCCGAAUCGGAGCGGCAGACGCGGACGGCGCGAGCCACCAACGUCCAGAAGCGCGACAAUGCGGGCCUGCGUGCGUUUGAGCUGGAGCUGCGGCGUCUGUUCCCCAAGGCUCCCGCCGACGCCGCCGAGACGGUCGCGAGGCAUGCGCUCGUCAAGCGGUCCCGGCGCGUCGGCAGAGCCGGCACCAUGGACAUGGACAAAAAGGUCAGGCUGGCCGUCACGGCGCACAUUCGGCACCGAUACACCGACUACGACGCCAUGCUGGGGCGUGGGGUGCCGAGGGAGGAGGCAAGGACCAAGGUCUGGGGGAGGAUCGUCGAGGUCGCCGACGGCUGGGCGGGGCGGCCCGGGUCGCUUCGAAGUCACGCCGCUGUCGCCAGGAAGGAGAAGAAGCUCGCACGGAGGAGGGGUAACGGCAGAGGUUCGGGACGGUCAGGUUCAAGUCCGGCGCCCCCCGGUGCUGGGAGUUCGGAAAAGGCGGCCAAGAAGAGGGGGACCGCGGAAAAGACUAAGAAAAAUAACGGCAAACCUCUUCCGCUGGCCAAGGAGCUGCCAGAUCACGCUGGGAAGAACACAAAGCUGAAACUUGCGUUAAGGCCCAUCGGCGUCGCCAGGCGGAAACCACUUCCUCAGGUCAAAAGAUCCAACAAUACAAAGCAGCCCGCCGAUCGUCCUGAAGGAACCGGCAGCGAUCCUUUUGUGAUCUCUGAUGAUGACAUCCCACAUCCAGAUGAUGACUUUGACGACGCUAGUGAAGGGGAUGAUGACACCGACUUUUUUACCGAGUCGGAUCUAUACGAUUCGGAGGACUCAGACUAUUACGACGAGGCUGAUUGA